UAAUCUAUUGUUGCAAAUAUAACAAAGUGACUAAUAUAAUCUUGCGUCUGUCACAAGGAUUUAAGAGGUAGUACCUCAUACAGCACUCUUACCUCUUUGGUCAUUGUCACUUGCAUUAUUUCGCUCCGCAUCUCUGUCCUAGAAUACAAAAAUAAUGAAAAUAUUAAUUAUUUACGUGUUUUUAAUGUGUUUUGGUUUUAAUAGUGGGUCGCUGGAGAGAUAUGGGCCGCUUAACUUCGCUCUCAGAAUGGUCAAGUGUGAACACAGCAGAGACCUGAACCUCGAUGUUAGUGGAGUCGACGUGUACUUCUACGACUUUCAAAAUGGCGUCGUUGCAAGCUUCCCCAUCAACGAAGCGGCCCAAGGAAUCCUAGCUAUAAAGAAUCUCAACAAGGUCAAAAAAUUCUUCAUGUUCGUCGGAGGCUUCAAAUCACACAUAAAUAAGAAUACAGAGGAAAAAAUCAGAGAGGCUUUCAAAGACUUCCCAAACAGCUACCUCAUUAUCAUAGACCACUCAGCCUACACAAACGAUAGACAGGGCAAGAAGAAAAGUUACGAACGCUCUGUCAAAUACGUCUACUACAUCGGCAAACAGUUGGCUCAAAUGUUGGUCGGUCUCCACGAAGGAGGAAUUUCACCAAAGAACAUUCACUGCAUUGGCCAUAGUUUGGGCGGCCAAAUAUUGGGUCAUGUUGGCCAGAUUUACUUCGAAGCGACUGGUGAGAAAAUUUCGAGGAUAACGGCUUUAGAUCCAGCUGGACCGUGUUUCUCAAACGCUUUAAUACACGAACAGAUCAGAUCUGGUGUGGCUGAGUACGUGGAAGUAUAUCAUUGUAACGCUGGUGGUUUAGGAACGACCAGUGUGUUGGGUGAUGUAGACUUUUUCGUGAACAAAGGAGGUUCCCAACCCAAUUGUGGGACUGUUUUAGUGCCUGGUAUACUGGACUCUUCGUUAUCAGCGAAGUGUAACCAUAAGACGUGCGUCACAAUGUGGACAGCCUCAGUCUCGCAGCCAGAGGGGUACAAGGCGUAUAAGUGUGACAAGUAUAAGCAUUUCAAAGGGGGUAUGUGUUCGUUGAACGAUAGAGCUCUCGCUGGUUUCUGGAACCCUGGUAACGCUACGGGAGUUUACUACUUUUCUACUGAAGGUUAUAAUUUUAGUUAACCUAGUGCUGUGCUAGGUUAAUCUUACUUUUCCUAUAUUAAUAACCCCGUAGACUACUUUUAAGUAUCUUGAACUAGUCGCCUUGUACGAAAUGUACGUAUUUAGAUCAACAUACGCGCUUAUAACUUUGUAAUAGGAGUAAAAAUAUCCUAAGAAGUUUACAAUACCUAUUUUUUGACGCGUUUUAGAUAGUGUUUUUUUUUAUUGUUUUACUAGGACAGUUUUUUUGUGUUGUAAAUAUCUAUGUAAAUACAUAAAAAUAAUACCUAUGUGAUUUUUAUGAGAUUUAUAUUUACUUAUUCAUAAUUGUAAAAGAAUAUUCCUACACUAAUAAUAAUACGAUGUUGUUUAUAGUUUUAAACGUAUUUUUUUUUAUUGUUUAAAAUAUUUUUAGUUUAGUUUAAAAUAUUAGUUUAACAAUAAAUGAACACGAUACAA